CUCUUCCUGUUCACUCUCUGCUCUCCUGCGCAGCACCAUUGAACACUACUCCGUACUCCUCUCCUUGGUUGGGUAACUACCUUUGAGUGUGAGAGGAGCUGAGGUGUUUAGUUGGAGCGGUAGUAUAUAAGCUGGCCCGGAUGGCUCAGCUCCUGCGGGCAGGCAAAGCACACGAUCUUUGCUGUGUCGGCAGGUGUUCCCGCUGAGAUAAUCUAAGCUCCAAGCUGAGCCAGAUCGAUGACCAUGGCGGCUAGAAGAACCAGCAGGGAGGGGAACUGCGGCGGCGGCGGCGGGGUGAGGCAGUACAACCGGUCCAAGGUGCCGCGCCUCCGGUGGACGAGCGCCCUGCACCGCUGCUUCGUCCACGCCAUUCACAGCCUCGGAGGCCACGACAGGGCGACGCCGAAGCGGGUGCUGCAGGUGAUGGGGGUUGGAGGGCUCACCAUUUCUCAUGUCAAAAGCCAUCUGCAGAUGUACAGGAACAUGAGGAAUGAUCUUGGAAUGCAAGGGAUGCAGCAAGCAGGGCAACAGUCGGGCCAGGAGGAGCACACACGCGCAACAGGAGGAGGCACCGAAGUCUGCACCGACGAUGAUGAGGAGUGCCGUGUCCCCGGCUACGGCUCGCCAAAGCCUAGAAAGGAGUCGACGACGCUGCCGCUCCACCCGCAACUGAAAAGGAGGGCAGGGGCAUCUGAGACGGUGACAAGGGAGGAGGUGAGCGCGAGCCCCACGAGCCUGCUGAGAGUGAAAAGAGGACGAGGAAUAUGCGAGGGUAGGGACGGAGGAGGAUCCUAUGACGUUCGGCACGUUGCAGUUCUACCAUUGACAUGUGGGCCCGUUGGGAACUUGGCCCACAUGUCAGCGGCCCAAUGGCACACAGCGCACGGCAGAGGAGCCGCUUCCGGGAGGGACAUGGAGUCGUCCAGCCACGCACCGGCGGCAGCAGGUGGCCAAUACCACGUGCAUAUGGAUAUGAUGCAGGCGCAUGCCGUGCUUCAAGCGCCGCCCAUGGCCGCGGCUCGCUUGGUGGAGCCCCGCCCUUCGAUGCCGCUGGGAAUGAAGCAGAAGCAGAAGCAUCGGCGAGAGCCCUGGAUGCCUACAGCAAGGUUGCACCGCGGCGGCGAUGGCGAACUCGGCGCCGCCGCCUCCACGCUCAAAUUCUUGGGGUUCCUGGUGGCUCCGGGGCGUCAUCCUCCCCGUCCCCGUGCUGCCUGCUGCGAUGGCUACCCUAUUGAGGUCGGCACGCCUCCUAACCGCGCCGCCGCAUACACGGCCAGCCGCACCGACGGUGUCCGUCCGUGCAGACUCCAGCCGCCAGGCAACGUCGUCGACGCCGGAUUCACGAAUCUGACUCUGGCCGGUGAACGCGACGGUGGCUACUCGCUGUCGCUAGCGCUGGCCCUGUGCCCGGCCGGGGGCGGUGGCGCCAAGAGCAGCCUGCUCUCGUCGUCGACAGCGUCGUCGUCGUCGUCGUCAUCGGGGAGUCGGAUCAGCCUCGACCUGUCGCUGUCCACGCUCGACUCGUAGAUACCGGCCCACUGGUUGACAUGGGCCCUUAUGGGCUGUCCUGAUAGAUUUGCCAAUUUUCGGUUCAGCUUUGGGCCUAGUACUGGUCCAUGUGAAAUAGUAGCGGCCUCUGAUUUUAGCUUUGUCAAGGACUUGUGAAGCCCAAUGCAUCCAUACUCCAUGUCCAACACUUGGAAUCGCUAUGUAGGCUAGAGCGACUGGUUAAAGAGCGCUCCUUUGGACCCCGUAAAAAAAAAGCGCUCCUUCGGAA